AUGAAUUCCACCGCCAAGACGCGCCGGAAAGUAGUUCCGGCCGAGAAUGGCGAUUCCGCCGACAAGCAAGACCAGCUCCUCUUAUCCGUCGCCAUCUGCAACGGCGAAGACCUGGGUCCAUUCGUCCGGAAGGCCUUCGCAUCUGGUAAGCCGGAAACCUUGCUCCACUCGCUCCGGAGUUUCGCUCGAUCCAAAGAAUCCGAAAUCGAGGACGUUUGCAGGGCCCACUACCAGGACUUCAUCAUGGCCGUGGACGACCUCCGUUCCCUCCUUUCCGACGUCGAUUCGCUCAAAACCGCCCUCUCCAAUUCCAACUCCCAGCUCCAGUCCGUCGCCGUCCCGCUGCUGACGUCACUGGAUUCGUUCGUGGAGGCCAGAAACAAGUGCCGGAACAUCACCCUCGCCAUUGAAUCCCUCCGCACCUGUACCAAUCUCGUCGAGCUCUGCUCACGCACCAAUUCCCAUCUCUCGAAGAACAAUUUCUACAUGGCGUUGAAGUGCGUGGAAGAGAUCGAGAGAGGGCUGUUGAGCAAGACGCCUUCUUCCACCUUGCGGCGGAUGUUGGAGAAGCAGAUCCCGGAAAUCCGGGCGCACAUAGAGAGGAAAGUGAGCAAGGAGUUCGGUGAUUGGCUGGUGGAGAUUCGGACGGUGAGUCGGAACCUGGGUCAACUCGCGAUUGGACAAGCCUCAGCUGCCAGGCAAAGAGAAGAAGAGCUUAGGAUGAAGCAAAGGCAAGCCGAAGAACAGAGUCGGCUCAGUUUAAGAGAUUGUGUGUACGCCUUGGAAGAGGAAGACGAUGACGGGCUUGAUGGUGACCCCAGAGUUGGAGAUUUCGGGUUUGAUUUGAUGCCUUUGUACCGGGCCCAUCACAUACAUCAGACUCUUGGGCUUGAGGAUCGUUUCCGGCAGUAUUAUUUCGACAACAGGAAGCUGCAGCUGACCUCCGAUUUCCAGGUAUCUUCAAUGACUCCAUUUUUGGAAUCUCAUCAGACUUUCUUUGCUCAAAUUGCCGGGUUCUUUAUUGUCGAGGAUCGAGUUUUGAGAACCGGCGGGGGGCUCAUUUCUAAGAUGGAAGUUGAGAACUUGUGGGAUACGGCUGUUAAUAAAAUGUGCUCUGUUUUAGAGGAUCAAUUUUCCAGGAUGCAAACGGCUAAUCAUUUGCUUUUGAUUAAGGAUUAUGUGAGUUUGCUUGGUGUUACGUUGCGUAGGUAUGGAUAUACCACGGAAGCUUUGCUUGAUGUUUUGAGUAAGCACAGGGAUAAGUACCAUGAGCUUUUGUUGUCUGAUUGCCGUAAGCAGAUUACUGAGGCUCUUGCUGCUGAUAAGCUUGAGCAGAUGUAUCUGAAGAAAGAGUAUGAGUAUUCGAUGAAUGUAUUGUCUUUUCAAUUGCAAACAUCAAAUAUUAUGCCGGCAUUCCCUUAUGUGGUGCCAUUUUCUUCCAUGGUGCCUGACUGUUGUAGAAUAGUGAGGUCAUUUAUUGAGGAUUCCGUGAGUUUCUUGUCAUAUGGUGGGCAGCUUGAGUUUUAUGAUGUGGUGAAGAGGUAUUUAGAUAGGUUAUUGGCCGAGGUUUUAGACGGAGCCUUGCUGAAGAUCAUCAAUACUUCGGUCAACGGAGUUACUCAGGCCAUGCAAAUGGCUGCUAACAUGGCUGUUUUUGAGCGAGCCUGUGAUUUCUUCUUUCGUCAUGCUGCACAACUUUCAGGGGUUCCUUUGAGGAUGACUGAGAGGAGUAGAAAGCAAUUUCCUCUGACAAAAGCACGAGAUGCAGCCGAAGAGAUGCUAUCUGGAUUGCUUAAGCAGAAGGUUGAUGGAUUUUUGACACUGAUUGAGAAUGUGAACUGGAUGGCUGAUGAUACUCAACAGGGUGGUAAUGAGUAUGUGAAUGAGGUGUUAAUUUUCCUAGAAACUCUGGUUUCUACAGCUCAACAAAUCUUGCCUGUCCAGGUUCUGAAGAGGGUUCUCCAAGAUGUUCUUUCUCACAUAUCCGGGGUGAUUGUUGGCACUUUAAAUGGGGAAACAGUGAAAAGAUUCAAUGUAAAUGCUAUAAUGGGACUUGAUGUGGAUGUACGCCUGUUGGAAUCUUUUGCAGAAAGCCAAUCUUCGGUUUUGAAUGAUGCUGAAUCAAACCAGUUGAAAGCUGCACUUAUUGAGUCAAGGCAACUAGUAAACCUGCUCUUAAGCAAUCAUCCUGAAAACUUCCUGAAUCCAGUUAUCCGAGAGAGAAGUUACAAUGCUUUGGACUAUAGGAAAGUGGUAGCCAUUUCUGAAAAGUUAAGGGACCCAUCAGACAGGCUAUUUGGAUCAUUUGGCACUAGGGGAGCGAAGCAAAAUACAAAGAAGAAAUCUCUUGAUACAUUGAUAAAACGACUGAAAGAUGUGAACUGA